AUGAUAAAAAUUUUUAAAAAGGCAGUUUAUUACUUUAUAUUGAACUUUAUUUGCACAUGCUUCAAAGUACAUAAAAUAAACACAUCAAAAAACAUAGAUUUAUUUCCCUUUUCCCCAAAACAAUUCGCUAAUAUAACACACAAAACACGAUCAAAAAUAUAUAACAGUUGCAAUAGUAAAAGUAACGAUGCUGCUGCCAGUCAAAACUCCAAAUCCAUUUCUCAAGGAUGCGAUCAAAAUGAUGAAAGCGAAUCAGAAAUUCGAAAGAAAAUAGAAGAAGAAAGAAAAAGGCAGGAAGAAAUUAAGCGCGAAAACAGUUUAUUUAUUAACUCCGAUUUUAAAUAUGUAAGUAAUAGCAUACCAAUUAACGUAGAAAAAAGAUAUGCUUAUGAUGCAUUUAAAUAUACUAGUGAAAUCCUUUCUUAUGUAUUUUUUGUAAUAAAUUUAUUUAAACAUGAACAAUUUAAAAAUAGAAUAUACAAAGAAUUUUUAGAACAGCAAGCAGCACAAACCGUAACAAAUAACUCGUAUUCAGAGGGAAAUCAAUUGUUCAACAAAAGUGGCACACUAAAUGAUAGAAAUAAAAAGCUGGUAAAAAAUUUCUUAAGAAAAUUUGGAGAUAAAUUUAAAUUUUUUAAUACUUAUGAAAAAGUCCAAAGAGAGGAUUGGGCUAACAUGUUUAAAAUGGAACAGGAUGAUAAAAAUAACUUUUUCAAAAGUGUAAAAAUUAAAAAUGAAACUACAAAAGAAUAUUAUUUUGUUAUAUAUUACUGUAAUUGGAAAUAUGAUUGUAUGGCACUUUAUAAUGCCUUACAUAAUAUUUUUAAAAAUUCGUACAAUGAUGUUAAUUUUUAUAAAGUAUCAAAUAAUAUUCAUGAAAAUGAUGACGAUUACGAUGACGAUCAAAAUGGAAAAGGGAAAAAAGAAAAUGAAGAACUAUUAUCAAAAUCUGUCCUUGAACAAAUAAAAGAAAUGUACAUUAAAGAUAUUAAAAAUAAUCAAGUUAUGGAUAUUGAUAGUGUAUUAAAUAAUGACCAUGCAGAAAAUGAAAGUGAAAUGGAAACCGACGAAGACCAAACAUCUAAAAAUAAUGGAAAUAAUCAAAAUAAUGCACAAGCUGAAGAAUUAAAAAAUAAUGUAGAGGGAGGUAAUACAAAAAAGACAUUUCAAGAAAUAAUGGCCGAAGAGAAAAAAAAAUUGGACGAAGAAUUUUUUUUAUAUGGUUAUUCAAAAUAUGAAGAUUUAGAACAAAUUAAAAAAGAAGAAUCCAUGAUUAAAGAAACAAAAGAUAUUAUAAAAGAGGAAAAAAUGAGUAAGUACGUGUUAAAUAACAAGAAAGAUUUUAAAAACAUAUUAAAUGAUUUCCCAUUGAAUAUUAAAGAUUACAAAGAUUAUUACAAAUUCGAUGAUAGUAGUAAAGAAUAUAUAUCAUUACAAAAGGACCUAACUAAUUUUUCAUCAAAUGAAGCUGCUAGUGCUAAUAACUCAUCAGACUUAAGUACCGCGCCAUCAACAUAUAAUAUUUCAGAUGAUAUUAAAAAUAAAAACAAAACACAAGUGAAUGUUAAUGUUAUAUUUAUUAGAUUAAGUAACAGUACUGUAAUAGGAAAAACAAAAAAUAUAAAAACAAAAAUUAAAAAAAAAUGGAUUUAUUCACAUGAAAAAGAAAUCAAAUUUUACGAACAAAUUUUAUCAGUUAUGCUAAAUGAAAACAUUUAUUAUAAAGACAUACCAUAUAUGGAUAUUUUUUCCAUCAGUUAUGAUAAAAAAAAUAUAUAUGAUUUUUUUAAUAAAGUUAACACAAAUUUAAAACAUUGUUUUAUUCAUAAAAAUAAUGUAUAUGAUAUAUAUAAUAAUGUUAUUAACGGACCAAUGGAUAUAUAUAAUUUUGACAUAUACGACACUAAUGUUAAUAAAGACAAAAAUGAUGAGAAUCCCCAAUAUUCACAUUCUAAUAAUAAUGAGUUACUAUCCAAAAAUAUUGUACAAGAAGAUGAUCAAGCUAAAAAUGCAUACCAAUCGAAACAUGACCAAAGUGAUCACAUAACUUUUGAAGAGUUAAGUCUAGACGAAGAUAUUGAAAAUGCCCAAGAUUAUGAAACUGUAUAUGAUGGAAGUAUAAGCAAUUUCAACACAUCUGACGAAAAAGUAGAAAACAUACCUAACAACACAAAUCAUAUAGAAUUAUUAAACUCUAAAAAUGCAGGUAUUAAUAUAAAUCAAAAUAGUAGUGUAAAAAUUAAAAAAAAAAAAAAAAAAAGCAAUAGUAAUCAAUACAACCUUAUUAAAAAAGAAAAACAUAAUAAAAAACAAACAAGUAAAUAUGAAAUAUUAUUUAAACAAAAAUAUACAAAUAUAUUUGCAAAUCACAUCAAAGAUAAAAUUUCUAUAGAUAAAAUUACAUCCAUUUCUAAUGUCCAUGAUCAUGCGAAUUACACUGUUGACACAUUCAGAGAUUAUUCAAUAGCUCAUAUAUUUAAAAACCCAUUAACACAUGAAAACUUUAAAGUUGAUAAAAAUUAUGUUUAUUAUUUAAAUUAUAAAAUCCCAAAGGAAAUAUUUCCAUUCAUUCUCCAAAUGUCCCUAGCCUACAAAUACGAAUACACAACUCUUAUGAUCAACGCACCUAAAAAGAUUGAGUUUGAAUUUAGAAACGUAUAA